UCCCCCGGCGGGGCUCCCCCUCCUGUCCCCGAGCACCCCAAGGUCGUCCCCGCGGGGAAUCGGCCCAGGGAGCGGGGGAAGCCAGCCUGUCGCGGCCCGGCCAGCCGCUGUCCUCUGGCUUCCUUCUGUGGUGGGGGGAGGGAGUUGUUGGUUGUUGUGCUGGGUUUUAUUUUUCCCCACCCCUUCCUUAUCUCCCCCCGGCCGGCUCCGCACCCACCCCCGUGCGCACCCACCCCCGUGCGGCCGGGCAGCCGGCAGCGGUUCGCAGUGAUAAUCCGCCUCCCCCCGCCCCAACCCGGUUGUUGGGGCCCUGAAAGCUGUCGGCUGGGCCCUGCGGAGAGGGCUGCCCUGGAGGAGCUGCGCAGGAUAAGCUCCUCUCCCCGCCGCUGGAGCUGCGCAGCAGCAGCGGAGGCUCGAGAGCUGCUGUGGAAGUUGACAUGAGGGGCAGCAUCCCUGGCUGUCAGCAAAAGAGAGGCCUCGGUUCAGCCAGAGCUGUGACGUUUCCUCGCCUUCACUGUCCCUGUCACAAAGAUCUUGAGUUUGACGGGCCUUUUGCAUCGAAGAUGGCGGGUGGCGUGGACGGCCCCAUCGGGAUCCCAUUCCCCGACCACAGCAGCGACAUCCUCAGCAGCCUGAACGAGCAGAGAAACAACGGGCUGCUGUGUGACGUGGUCAUCUUGGUGGAAGGCCAGGAGUUCCCCACCCACCGCUCCGUCCUGGCAGCCUGCAGCCAGUACUUCAAGAAGCUCUUCACCUCAGGGUUAGUGGUGGACCAGCAAAACGUGUAUGAGAUAGACUUUGUGAGCGCAGAUGCCUUGUCGGCUCUGCUGGACUUCGCUUACACCGCGACCCUUACUGUCAGCACUUCAAACGUCAACGACAUCCUCAACGCCGCCACACUGCUGGAGAUCCCGGCGGUGAGGGAUGUUUGCACGGAUCUCCUGGACAGGAAGAUUCUGGCCAAAAAUGACCAGAUGGAUACAGUAGAUCAAAUUGAUCAAAGGAACCAUCUCAGAGCAAAAGAGUACCUGGAGUUCUUCCAGAGCAACCCCGUCAAUGGCCACCAAGGCAGCUUUCCGUGGACCAACCCAGACUUGAGAGACCUUCAGAGACUGAACUUCCGAGGCCAAGAGGAUGAGGAGGAGGCGGCGGACUGCAAUGGCCUAGACUUCUACUCGCAAGCCCCCCUAAAUGAAAGACCAAAGGUGAAUGACUGUGAUCCUGACAGCAACCCAGCCAUGUGGCUGGACCGUGAGGAGGAGGAGGCUGCUCCUGGCUCCUUGUUUUCACCUUCUCAGAACGGACAUUACAGCGGCCGUGGCCUGCCUACACCCGGAGAAGAGGAAGGGACCCCGGGGGGGUCUCUGGACCAGCAGGAAGCUGGUGAUUCCCCCAGCUUCGUUGCUGCUGGACCAGAGAUGGAGGAUGACACGAAGGAGGUGGAUGGCUUGGCUGCCAGCGCCCUGCUGCAGCAGAUGAUAAAUUCCGUGGGGAGGCAGCAGCUCGGGGACGACGACCGAAAGGACGACGACGGCGUCAUGGAUUAUUACUUGAAAUAUUUCGGCAGUUCGAACGAGAGCGACGUCUAUCCGUCCUGGUCCCAGAAGGUAGAGAAGAAGAUCAGGGCAAAAGCAUUCCAAAAGUGCCCCAUCUGUGAGAAGGUGAUCCAGGGGGCUGGCAAGCUGCCGCGCCACAUCCGCACCCACACCGGGGAGAAGCCCUACGAGUGCAACAUCUGCAAAGUCCGAUUCACCAGGCAGGACAAGCUGAAGGUGCACAUGCGGAAGCACACGGGGGAGAAGCCGUACCUGUGCCAGCAGUGCGGGGCCGCCUUCGCCCACAACUACGACUUGAAGAACCACAUGCGCGUGCACACCGGCCUCAGGCCCUACCAGUGCGACAGCUGCUGCAAGACUUUCGUCCGCUCCGACCACUUGCACAGGCACCUUAAAAAAGAUGGAUGCAACGGCGUCCCGUCACGGAGGGGCCGUAAACCCCGGGUGAGGGAUGCCGGGGGGCUGCCCAGCACCCCUCCGGGCAACGCCGAAGAUGGAAGUUUUCAAGCCGGUGGGGAGAGUCAAGAAUCAGAGGACACCCCGCAGGGGAACGGAGAAGAGCAGCAGCACUUUGAGGAGAAUUCAAAUAAUGAAGAGUCAGGAUUGAAUGUAGCAGGAGGGUCGGCCGAGGGUAACACGCAAGGACUCUCCUAAACCAAAACCAACAAAACCCGACGACAAACAAACAAACCCAACAGAAAGUGUCACAAAAUCUAGUUAGUACUUUUCCUCCCAGUUUUUUUUUUGUUGUUUUUCUCUUUAAAGAUGUUUCUCUCCCUUUUUUUAAAGAAAAAAAACCACAGAAAACAAACAAAAAAAAAAAGAGAUAUAUAUAUAUAUAAUGUUUCCAACCUUCCCAUCGCUGAGUGGGACUCCCCCGAGGAUCUCUCCGUAGCCAAGGACCUUUUGUUGCAAAGGCAGACGCUAGGAAGCGACGGGGCGGGGAUGGAAAGUGGCUGUGUCACAUGGAAAAGAGCUUCCAUGUAAAAUCCAAAGCUUUAUUUUGUGUCCAAACAACACGUUAAAAAAAAAAAGAGACAAAACAAAAACUUAUUGCAGAGAGAGAUCUAUUUAAGGAAAAAAAAAAGAGAAAAGAAACCUAAUAAAAAAGAAAAGCAAAAAUAGACGAUAAGUAAAAGCCAACCCCAAGGAGUGGUGGGAGUGGAAGGGGUGGUGCAGGCGGGCGGUACACGGUGCCUGGGGGGAGUGGGGAUGGCCUCCCCCUCCUCUGGUGUUUUUGGGGGGCAGGGAGGGGGGUGGUGAAGCUCCAGCAGGGCUCGGUGCUCGGUCGCUGCUGCCCCUCAGGAGACGGGGGUCGGUUUUUUGGGGGUGUGGGGUUUUCCCACCAGCCCAAGAGGGGAGGUGAGGGCAGGGCAGGGGCUGGCUGGAGGAAAUAGCUUCAGAUUGCCUAAAGUUGCCUAAAAAAGAUUCAGUGUGAGUGGACGAGCAGGAUUGGUGCAGGGAUGCUGUGGGCAGUGGGUGACGGACACUGGAGACACCGCAGGCAGGGGCCACCCCGCGGUGCAGCCAGGCCACACAAGGCCGCGUCCAUCCCUCCAUCCCUCCUGCCACGUCCAUCCCCAUCCCAGUGUGUCCAUCUGCUCCCAGGGAGGGGCUGAGAACCCCCCCAGCACCUUCCCAGCACCCACUGCCCCGGCAGAACUUGGGGCUGGGACUGGGGGGGACACAAACCUUCACCCCCCACCCCCCCGGUGUAUUUUAGGCCGCGGCUCCACGCAGCCCCACUCCCCCCCCCCAAAAAAAAAACGCCUAAAAAUGACAAAUUCCUUUUAAAAAAGGUUAUUUGAGGUCUCUCUUAAAGGAGCAGGAGGCCUUGGGGGCUGGGGGGGAGGGGGGUGAGCUCCCCCAGCCCCCCCAUAUAUCUAUAUGUAUAUCUGGAGAUGCUGUAUGGCUCUAGAGGCGGGUAUAGAACCCUCGGGUUAGCGGAGGACGAUGAGGAAAAGGCACCUUUCAGCUGGUCACCUGUUUUCUAAAUGCACAUUUUUAAAUGAAACAAAAAAAAAAGACAAAAAAAAAAAGGAAAAAAAAGAGAUUUUAAGCCCUUUUUAUUUUGAAAGCACUUUUUGAGAUUCUCUUCCUUUUAUUUGAUGUUUCAUUUUGUUUUGGUGGUUUUAUUUUUUUCCCCUCCCCUCUCCUUUUUGGUUUAUUUUUUUUUUGGUGUUUUUACUUUCAAAGCAAAGAGCAGGUUUGGGAAGAAUGUAUUUUGGUGAGGGAGUGAGAGGGGGAGUGUGUG